GUUCACAAAGAGACGCAGUUCUUAUGUAGACCACCCUGUGUUUCGCUAGUGGAACAUCUACUACUGUUCAAUUGCAUUCAAUAUCCUUUUGAGGGAGGUGCUUCUUUGGCAGAGUGACAGACAUUAAGCAAGAAAGUACUAGGGAUUGAGUAGAGGGUUUUUUAACUACUAGAAAGAUAAUGGCUGGAAACGCGUGGAGGUCAACGAUUCAAAACCUGUUGGGGAAAUAUGGGUUAUGGCUUGCUGGCAAGGAAAAACCGCAGCCCCAGGAAGUAUCUCGUGUACUGGGAGCUGUGAAAAAGCAGACGUCAGCCACAAGGGGAUUUGCUGGUGGGGUACAGACAGUUACCAUUAUCCCUGGAGAUGGAAUUGGACCAGAAAUUUCCGAUGCCGUUAUAAAGAUCUUUGAUUCUGCUCAGGUUCCAAUUCAUUGGGAGGAGCGGAAUGUAACGGCUAUUAAAGGACCAGGUGGAAAGUGGAUGAUUCCUCCAGAAGCUAAGGAAUCUAUGGAUAAAAGCAAAAUCGGAUUGAAAGGACCUUUGAAGACGCCGAUUGCUGCGGGCCACCCAUCGAUGAAUCUGCUGCUUCGUAAAACCUUUGACCUUUAUGCAAAUGUUCGUCCCUGUGUGUCGAUCGAAGGCUACAAGACCCCCUACACUGAUGUGGACCUAGUCACAAUUCGAGAGAACACGGAGGGAGAAUACAGUGGGAUUGAACAUGUGAUUGUUGAUGGAGUGGUUCAGAGUAUAAAACUGAUUACUGAAAGUGCCAGCCAGCGUAUAGCUCAGUUUGCAUUUGAGUAUGCCAGAAACAACCAAAGAAGCACAGUUACAGCUGUACACAAGGCUAACAUUAUGCGCAUGUCAGAUGGUCUUUUUCUAAGAAAAUGCCGGGACGUAGCUGAAAACUACAAAGAUAUUAAAUUCACUGAAAUGUACCUGGACACAGUAUGUCUGAAUAUGGUGCAAGACCCAACUAGUUUUGAUGUACUUGUAAUGCCAAACUUGUAUGGCGAUAUCCUCAGUGAUUUGUGUGCUGGCUUGAUUGGAGGUCUUGGAGUGACACCCAGUGGUAACAUUGGCGCCAACGGAGUUGCCAUAUUUGAAUCGGUGCAUGGAACAGCCCCGGACAUCGCAGGGAAGGAUCUUGCUAACCCCACUGCUCUCCUAUUGAGUGCUGUUAUGAUGCUGCGCCACAUGGGACUCCACGACCAUGCCAAGAAAAUUGAGAAGGCCUGCUAUGAUACUAUUGAGAGCGAAACAGUGCGGACCAAAGAUCUUGGAGGAAAUGCAAAGUGUUCAGAAUUCACAAAUGAAAUCUGUCGCAGGGUACAGGAUCAGGACUAAGAUUCCUUGCUGCUUUUAUUGGUAAAACCAGUUUGCUGGCUCACUUGUAUCAAUGCAUGUCUAUGGGUCUCUCAUUUACAAAUUCCACUAUAUAUCUAUGAAAUAAGCAACUCCUGUGUGGACCUUUAUUGAAUGUGUCAUUUUGUUUUGAACAGCAAAACAAUCCUUGUCCUCAUGCCUUUAAUGGACUGUGACUGUCUGUUUUUUUUUUUUUAUUGCCUACAUAUUCCUUAUUUAUUGACAAAGUACAUUCUAUAUGCAAUGCUUUUUGUAAAACUGUAGCUAUGGUUGGUUCUUAUGUCCAUUAAACAGUGUUUUGAAACAAG